AUGGCUGCAGCUGGUAGCGGCAGUUUCCAGUGCGGACGUAUUGCCUCGAAGCGUCUCAUGAUGCUCGUGGCCUUACUUCUCGUCUCCUGCUGCCUCGGCCAUGGCUUCGGCGAUGAGGAUCAUGUGGAGGUGGAGGGAAUCAACAGCAGUUGCAUGGAGAGCGAGAGGAGAGCUCUCCUCGCCAUCAAAUCCGAUAUGUACGACCCCGGCGACAGGUUUUCUUCUUGGACCGGCAAAGACUGCUGUGGGUGGAGAGGUGUGGCCUGCGACCACACCACCGGCCAUGUCACCAAGCUCGACCUCAGCUACCACGACACAUACACAUUCAUAUACCCAGACCCAUACUUAUACACAACCGAUAUGUGGGAUGUGUUCAACGACGGGGAUACAAUAGGCGUCAGCAAGGUAAAUCCAUCUUUGCAAGAAUUGAAGCAUUUGAAGUAUUUGGAUUUGAGCAUGAAUAACUUCUCCUACGCCCCUGUGCCCAAAAUGAUCGCUUCACUAGUCCACUUGGAAUAUCUCAACCUAUCUUAUGCCACGUUCGAUGGACUGAUUCCUCCUCAGUUGGGGAACCUCUCAAACCUACACUAUCUCGACCUUCACGGAUGGUAUUAUGAUGAUUUUCUACAUGUUGAUGAUCUCGAUUGGCUCUCCCGUAUUCCUUCUCUAAAAUAUCUUGACAUGAGUUAUGUCAACCUCUCCGAAGCAACCAAUUGGUUCUACAUAAUUAAUUCAAUCUCCACACUUGAAGUGCUACAUUUGAUUUAUGUAGACCUGCCAUAUGUUCCAUCUCCUUUGCCCCCUUUCAAUCUAACAUCCAUUGCUACGUUGGAUCUGUCUUGGAAUUCCAACAUCCCGUCUGCCAUGCUAAGAUGGCUUUCUAACGCCACCAGCCUCGAGUACCUCCUUCUUUCUGGCUGUCGGAGUCUCACUAUCGAGUCGCUACAAGUUGCUCUAGGAGCUCUCAGUAAUCUGAAGGGAUUGGAUUUGUCGUACAACUCCCUUCAAGGAACAAUUCUUGGAAUUCUGAACAAUGUCAGUAGCAGGGACUUCAAGCAUCUAGACUUGAGCAACAAUGGUUUAUCCGGAGAUAUUCCACAAACUCUAUGGAGACUGAGACGCCUGGAGUACCUAGACUUACAUCGGAAUUUUUAUUUCAAGAUACCAAAAUCCAUUGGAGGUCUUCAAAAUCUGCAGAUGUUAUCUUUAGAGGAUAAUCUUAUUUCUGGACAGAUACCAGAAACUAUUGGGGGUCUCCAAAAUUUGAAGUUGUUGAUUCUUGAUUUUAACUCCAUUACUGGGCAAAUACCAAAUACGAUUGGUAGACUCCAUAGCUUGCUGCACUUGGACAUAUCACACAACAAUUUAUCAGGUCCGCUACCAAAAACUAUGGGUAGUCUGUGCAACUUGACCGUGCUGGAUUUGGUUUCUAACAACAUUAGUGGGGAGCUAACCGAUCUAUUUGAUGGUUUAUCCACCUGCGCACAAGGGGCAUCUUUACUUGCCUUAUAUAUGCAGGUUAACCAUUUAAGCGGCACUAUUCCUUCAAGUAUGGGUCAAUUAUCUCGAUUAGGAGAUAUAUUCCUCUCCUCAAACUCUUUGGUAGGUAACAUCACCGAAGCACAUUUUUCUAAUCUCACAAACUUAAUGGCAUUAGAAAUAUCUUUCAACUCCUUUGACAUAAUCCUACCAAAUGAUUGGCAUCCCCCAUUUAAUGUCAAAUAUCUUGGCAUGAGUUUUUCUCAUUUAAGAGCUGAAUUGCCUGCUUGGCUUCAAACUCAGACACGAUUAACAUUUCUAUAUCUACGUCAAGUUGGACUCUACGGCAACCUCCCGGUUUGGUUUGCAAAUUUCUCAAGAGGGUUGCAGAAUCUUGACAUGGGCUCUAACAAUUUGCAAGGUCAAUUACCUUUUGCUCCCCAAUCGAUAUUGGAUCUCUCCAAUAACUCAUUUGCUGGACCCAUUCCCCCGAGCUUCGCAAAAGCUAUGAGUCUCUCUCAAUUAUUUUUGUCUCAUAAUCAUAUAAGUGGUGGCUUUCCUCCCUUCUUUUGCAAAAUGAAAUCACUUCAAAUUCUUGACUUAUCUAACAAUCAUUUAAUUGGAGAAGUCCCGAUUUGUGAAAAUAAAUUAUUUGAUAAAAUUCCGAAAUGGAUAGGAAGAAACCUCUCAUCAUUGAAGGUUCUUCGGUUGAGGUCAAACUUAUUAUAUGGUGUUAUCCCCGAGAACAUAGUGAAUCUCACUUCUCUUCAGGUUUUGGAUCUUUCUUCCAACAAUUUAUUUGGUAGCCUACCAUCAUCUCUAGGAAAUUUCACUGCCAUGAUUGAGGUACAAAACGAUACGAGGUCAUUGCUUGAAGAUAACUAUUCUUACAACGAGAGCAUCUUAGUCACAACAAAGGGAUCAAUGGUUGAGUACACAACCAUUCUCUGGCUGGUGACAUGCAUAGACUUGUCAAAUAAUCAUCUCUCUGGUGAAAUCCCAAAAGAACUGACAAAGCUUCUCGGAUUGCGCUUCCUAAACUUAUCCAACAAUCAUUUGACGGGGAGGAUUCCAAAAAACAUUGGUGACAUGAAAAUAUUGGAAUCGCUUGACUUAUCAGUGAACAGUCUCACAGGGGAGAUACCUUCGAGCUUUUCUGCAAUGAAUUUUCUGGCUCGUUUGAAUCUGUCUUAUAACAACUUAUCAGGAAAAAUACCAACGAGUGGUCAAUUGUCGACCUUUGACUCAUGGACAUAUGUGGGUAACAAAGACCUUUGCGGUACGCCACUGCCAGAUUGCCCUGUUUAUCAAACUCCACCUGACGCACGAGUUAAACAUGAAGACGACGACAAGCUCGACAAAUUAUUGGAGUACACCGGUAUUGUGGUUGGAUUUGUGGUUGGCUUUUGGCUGUUUAUCGGCACGCUCAUCAUGAAGCAGGCCAUCAGAUUCGCUUUCUUCCGACGGAUCGACAAGACCAUUGACUGGAUCUAUGUUCAGUUUGCAGUUACGCUUGCGAAGCUCAAAUCCAAAUGGCAAACAACGACAUGA